AUGGCUUCUUCCGACUCUCAUCAACUGGAUGAUGAUGAGGUGAAUGGAAGAGAAGGCGAUGAGGAACAUGUUCAGACACCAAGCUCUGCAAGUAAAGGCAAGAGGAAAGCAAAAGUUGAUGAGAUGUGCUGUCCAACGGCUUCAGGCACAACAAAUUUGAAGAAGCUCAGUUGUAAGUCAUCGAAUGUCUGGCAAGCGGCAAAUAAGUCUAAGACACAGACUGUGUUGACUCCUAGUAGCGAGGAUGGAAACCUUAGUCUGGGUAAGGUUUCCGAGACUGUUUUCAAAGAAGCUACACAUGAGUUGGUCGUGUUAGCUCAGUUGCCACUAUCUUUCAUAGAGGGUGUAGGCUGGAGACAUUUCUGCUCAAAGGCGAACUUGUACACGCCUAAUUGUCGGAAAACCUGCACAAAGGAGAUGUAUGCUACUAGGAAAGCAGCAAUGAAGAAAAUUCUGGGAAAGAACAACCAGAGGUUGUCUUUGACUACUGACAUAUGGGUCGCUCCACAUACCGCAGCUAGUUAUAUGGUGAUAACAGCUCACUUUGUCGAUGCUAGUUUUCAGCUGAAGAAGAUGAUCAUUGGGUUCAAGAGUAUCGCUGAUCACAAAGGUGGCACAGUUUCUCGAGUUCUUCUAGAGUGUUUACAAGAAUGGGAUAUCAAGAGGAUCUUCUGCAUCACGGUUGAUAAUGCUACUGCAAAUACAUCUGCUCUAAAGAAGUUCAAGGAAGCAUUCAGGCAAGCAAAUGGUGAUGAAGCAUUUGUGCUUGAUGGAGAGUUCUUACAUCUAAGAUGUGCUACACACAUAUUGAAUCUGAUCGUAAAGGAGGGAUUAAUGGAAGUGGAUGACAGUAUUUCUGCAAUUCGCAAUGGUAUUCAGUAUGUGAGGUCUUCAACGCCAAGGAUCAAGUCUUUUGAAUUUCAUGUGGACUCAGGAAAGAUUACAAGGGGAAGCCUGCCUCUGGAUGUGAAGACCAGGUGGAACUCAACCUAUCUCAUGCUUGAACAAGCUCUGAAAUUCUGA